AUGAUGGGCAGUGACGAGCUAAAAUUUUUGCAUAACUUUCACAAAGAUUUUCUUCAUGAUACUGCAUUUAAUUUCUAUGGAACAAGAAUGGCAACUUGUUCCAGUGACGGAUAUGUUCGAGUUUAUGAUUUGCAUGAUAACACGUGGCGACAAUCUGGCUACUUUUCGCUCCCUUCACAACCGGGUCCUAUGACACGAGUAACAUGGGCUCAUCCAGAAUUCGGCGGUAUUAUUGCAGCUGUAUCAUAUGAUCGUUUUGUUAACGUGUGGGAAGAAGCUCCAACAGGACCGAAUGAUCCAUCUGAAUAUGCUACUAAAUGGGUACCAAAAGAUCAAUUUUUCGAAGCAUUUUUGUUUGGUGGAAAUGAACAACGAGGAUCAAUUACAGAUACUGGUACACAUUCAUCAAAUUAUAAUACAGUAGCCGUGCAAUUCUCUCCAAAACAUCUUGGCCUUAUACUGGCGAACGUAUUUUUCGAUGGCCGAAUACGUAUUUAUGAUUUUCAAGGUUCAAAUGUAGUUAAUAAAGAAGAAAUACAAACGAAAAUGUCGAAUUUAAGUUGCAUUUCAUGGAGUACAGCGAGACAUCACUUAGCACCGUUGAUUGCAGUUGGGAGUGAUGAUUGUAAUGCUGGUACAGGUGCUAAACUGCAAUUAUGGGAAUAUGCACCGGAUAGAAAAGCGGUAAAAGUUGAUUUAACGAGUGUGAAUAUGUUAUUACAAAAUGCAAUAAAAGAUAUACAAUUUGCACCGAAUUUCGGCCAAUCAUAUCAUUUACUUGCUGUAGCUUCAAAUGAUAUUGAUCUAUUUACUAUAAAGCCAGCAAAAGGGGAAUUAAAUAAUAAUAGUGAGAAUAAAGCACAAGUAUAUGACGUUACAAGAAUUAUUACAUUAGAUGAUCAUGGAUCAACGGUAUGGAAAGUUUGUUGGAAUGUAUUUGGCUCAGCACUAUACAGUUGCGGUGAUGAUGGAAGAAUUCGCAUGUGGAAAGGAGCCAUCAAUGGUCCAUGGAAAUGUGAGAGUAAUAUAAGUCUUCAAGCAGAAGCUCUUGAACGAAUCCGAAGUGAUGCAAGUCAAUCAACAGAGCCGGUAUCAACAUGA